AUGUGCGGGGACAAUGUUGAGGGGCCGUACUACCAAUUCGGCAGUCGUGGCAUGUACGAUAUCCGGCACCCCUACAAACAGACCGGCGACUUCGUAUGGCCAAACUUCAUUGAGGACCUCGAAGAGAUCCUCCGACUCCCCGUCCACGUGUCCCGGAUCUACGGUAACGCCGACUAUAUCUGUAAUUGGGUUGGUGGCCAGGCCAUUUCUCUAGCAGUCAACUAUACCCAUGCGGUGCAGUUCCGAACAGCUGCAUACAGGCCUAUGACGGUGGACGGGCUGGAGUACGGUGAAACCCAAGAGUACGGCAACUUCUCAUUCACCCGUGUCUAUCAGGCUGGUCAUGAGGUCCCGUACUACCGACCUAUUGCAGCGUUGCAACUGUUCAACCGCUCAACCGCACCAUAUUCGGGUGGGAUAUUGCAGCGGGUACAACCCAGGUUUGGCCCGGAUAUUGCACCAGCGAGACCUCGAGGGCUACACACACGGAGCCAUUUGUGCCACUAUUCACUAGGUUUGUCUGAGAUCUUCCGUUAG